UGAAAACAAGUGUUAGAAACGUCAGUGCUUGAAUCAGCGGCAACUUACAUUAUCGUGCUGGAAUAAACGCGCCUUUCUGGAUUAUUAGUGCUUGUCUGUGAGAACUGAAGUGCUUUAUUCAGGUUAAAGUUUCAAUAAAUCAUCUUCCGUGGACAUUGGCUCUAUUAAGAAGAUGAGGGAUUUAAUGUGUCUGUUUUUAUUGAUCAUCUGCACUACGGUCCGAGCGCGGUGUCCUAAGGUGUGUAAGUGUCCGGCGGAGCGGCCCAUGUGCCCGCCAGGCGUCAGUGCGGUGCCCGAUGGCUGCGGCUGCUGUAAGGUGUGUGCCGCCCAGCUGAAUGACGACUGCCAUGAAGGCAAGCCCUGUGACCAUCACAAGGGCCUGGAGUGUAACUAUGGCAACGAUGUGGCCAGCAUCCAUGGAAUCUGCCGGGCCAAACUGGAAGGCCGCUCCUGCGAAUACAAUGGCCGCAUGUAUCAGAAUGGAGAAAACUUUCGCGCGGGCUGCAAACACCAAUGCACCUGUAUUGAUGGGGCGGUGGGCUGCGUGCCCCUUUGUCCCACUGAUAUUCCUCUGGAAUCACCAUCCUGUCCCUCACCUCGACUGGUUAAGAUCCCUGGCCAGUGCUGCCUCAGCGUGGACUGUCACGGAGAGUCUUCCGUCCUACCGCCAGUGUUUAGACGGCCGUAUCUGUUCCCUGACCUGCACAGCUACAAGAAACCCCGACCAAAGCCGUACCCCUACAAGCCCAAAGACUCCCUGAGCAAUGAACUCAUAGAGGUGGAGAAAAAGUGGGACAAACCGCGGAGUCGAAAGCAUUUGCCAGCAUGGAAGAAAGCCGGACGGCAAUGUGUUGCACAGACGACAAGCUGGACACCUUGUUCACGCAGCUGCGGGAUGGGCGUUUCAUCUCGGGUCACCAAUGAGAACACACAGUGCAAGCUGCUGAAGGAAACCAGACUCUGCAACAUUCGUCCCUGUAGUUCUGUGGCUGUGCCUAUAAAGAAGGGGAGGAAGUGUUCUCGUACGCAGAAGUCUCCCGAGCCUCUGCGUCUGCACUACGCUGGCUGCCGCAGCACACGCCUCUAUCGGCCCAACUACUGCGGGACGUGUCUGGACGGGCGAUGCUGCUCACCCCGCCGCACACGGACGGUCCCCGUGCUCUUCACCUGUCCCGACGGAGAGCUCUUCGAGAGGGCCGUCAUGUUUGUGCAGUCCUGCAAGUGCAACGAUGAAUGUGGCCACCUGAACGAAGCGGUGCUCCCGCCCCAACGUUGGCUGUAUGGCGACAUGCACAAGUUUGUUGAUUAACAUCUUAUUUAUCCAAAGACCCGCCCCCAUGUCUUUCCCCAACCAAUAGAGUAGCGGUUUCAAAGUGUAACUCUGAGUAAACGCUAGGCCGAGGCCUUAUUAUAAUGCAAAUCCAUGUGGAAAAAGGGCAAUUUUGAGUUUCCAAUCCCUUGUGCCAAGACCCUUAGAGUAGAUGUGCUUACCGCAAGGACCCAAGAUGGGGUGAAUCCCGGUUGUGAAUAUAUACAACGGAUUUUCUGAUUGACCAGUCCUUACCAUGAACAGUGAUGCAUUCUGGGGCACCUGCACAAUCUAAGUAAGAAAACAAACUGCCUCAGCAGGACACUGAUUAGAUGCUUAAAUGUGGUGGCACAGACUCUCAGCUUCACAAGGGCUGGUCUUUACUUCUUUUGUAGUGAUUGCUUUGCCUUGACGUUCAAAGAACAGCCGGAAAAUAUGAGGGAAACUCACCAGGAAGUCGUUUUAAGCUACCCAGGGUUUGUCUCAGCUGCUUGUGGACUCAGUGCUGAGUUUGAUGGCUUCGUGAGCCCAUGACUCCGUCAACUCACCGAGGGAUAUUUGCCAAGUGCCGCAGCUCCCUGGCGUCAAAACGUCGGCUCCUCAGCUCCCAGCUAAUUACAAUCCUCGUCUUUGGGGGCAGAAGAAAACCCGGUAACCCUUUGGUUUGCAAUAAAAAUAUGUUUAAAACACCAGCAUCUGAUGUCAACAUGUAAUUUUAAAGUAAUGGGUGGGAUGGUUCUUUCAAACGCUGGUCUGUAAUCUACCAAGUGAUGGCAGAGCCUCGUGCAAACGGCACUGGUGUCUGUGUUUUAUAAUGCAGCAGUCUCUAUUUCUGCCUGGCACUGGUGCAUGAACUGACGGAGGUAACGUCGCACCAUCUGCCCUGAAGAAUGAGAGUUUGAACAACAAAAACCCCAAUAUUUUGAAAGGGAGAAGCCAUGUUGUCACUGAAUAAUUAUGCUAUUUUUUAGUUACAUUUCGUUUGAAUUCCCAAUCUAAAAACUAAAAAAUUUCAACAUUUUAGAUGCCAUGUUCUUGAUAAAAGCAUUUUUAUUUAUUUUUGUUGGUGGGGUGAGAAUUUACGUUGUGGAAAGGUGUUGACUGAAUAAACUGCCAAUUACAUGCUGCAUGCAAACUUGAUGGAAAAUUAACAGCUUUCUGUUGUUUCGUGUUACGCGAACUUUACUUU